UUUACCCUCCCAUUUUCCUUCUUCCCUCCGGUCCGGUCUCUCUCCGUUGACGGCUCUCUCCGUCUCUGGCUGUUCCUCUUCCUUUCCCUUCUCUUCACUUCUUCGAGCACUUCAACCGCAACCGCCUCUCUCUCCCUCCCUCCUCUCUCUCUCUCUCUCUAGGUUUUGCUGCUGUGGACAAAGCAAAAUGCCCGAUCGUCAUCGGAGGACGGCGGCGGAAGAGGACGAGGCUGCCUCUGGAAGGGACAAGAAGAAGGCGAAGGUCGAUGAAGGAGGCGGCCACGAGGCGGUGGUGGUCCUGGACGGGUCAGACGUAGCGAUGGAGAAGGAACUGAGGAGGUUGCGGGAGCAGUGGGAACUAGCUUCUGUUCUCAACUUCUUAUGCGUUUUCGAGCCGAUCAUGGAGAAGGCUCCGAAGAUUUCUGCCGAGGAGAUCGAGACCGCUAUCAUCAGGCCCAACGAUUUGCUUGUGCAGCUACACGUGAAACUUUUGAAGGGGAUACCGCCUGUGAGCAAAACUCUGAACUGUUGUGAUGCCUGGCUGACCAUACUCCGCAAGAAACUCAAUCCAUGGUGGCCGUGGGUUGCUGAGGGUGAAAUUCCUCUACAAGCAGCUAAUGGAGAGGAGAUGUCUAAAUACAAAGAACUUGAUCCCAUUGAACGCCUGUUGAUUCUGAAAGCUCUUUGUGAACUUCGACUGGAGCAAGAUGAUGCAGUUUCUCAUGUAAACGAUGUCCUUCAAGAUGGAAAUCAGAUAUCUUUCUUCCGCAAAGCGCAAGUUGCUGAUGAUGGAAAUGGGACGUCUUACUGGUAUGAGGGGAAUGCUGUGAUUGGGCAUCGACUGUACCAGGCAAUAGUCAAAUCAGAUCUCUCGAAAAAUUCUAAAUCGAAGAUGGAGAGUAAUUAUACAGUGGGUUCUGUUCAACCAGCUAUGAGUUUUCAAUGGGAAACAGUAGCUACUAAUCUUGAGGAAUUUCGUCAAGUUGCAGAUGAACUUGCAUCGAGCAAAGAGAGAGCCAAAGUUGCUAUCAGUGGGAUCAUAGAGUCUGACAUGAUACCUGUGCUUGAGAGACUAAAGAAGAAGAAAGAGAAUGCACUGAAGCGGAUAGAAAGGCAAAAGAUGCAUCUCAGUAGCCGUAUAACUUCUUAUGCGUCUGUGUCUUCUCGAUCCUGUCGUAGUCACAGGCUUAUUACUUACACAUAUGCAGAUGACUAUGAUCGUGCCAUUGAUGAAGCUAUACGAGUGACACAGAAGAGGAAGAAGAAGAGAGGUGAAGAGCAUGCAAAACAAAGCAAACAGGGUGAGCUCCGAGUGGAAGUCAGCAUAUCUGAUGGGGGGUCUGAUGAGGACACAGAUUCGAACAACAAAUAUCAUUCUUCGAGAAGUAAGACAUCAAUUGAGGAGCGCAAAGAACCUGAAGAUGAUGAGGAUGAUGGAGAGGAUGGGGAAUAUGAUGGUGCAAAGGAGGAAGUGAGUGAGAUGAGUCUUGACUUGUUUGAGUCGGACAAGGAAAACGAUAGGCUGGGGUAUCGUCUGAAGGCACCUGGAGUUAAGUGGAGCAAAAGACUAGCUGGAGUCACCAAUCAGAAAGCCAAAGAAACCAUGAAGCCGAACACGAGGAACCUUCUAAGGCAAAGACCUGUCCAAAACUCUGCUUUUGAUUCUAUCGUAGUUCCUGACUCGGAUGAUGCAGAGAACUAGUCCUAUAGACUGAGAGGUAGGUAUGUGUACAUCAGGGCAGCUUAAACUGAGUUGAGUUUUUUUGGCUAGAAGAGUAGGAAGCUUUUGAUAUGUGAGUAAGUGCACAAAUUUGAUGAACAGUGAAUACUAGGAGAAUUAGCUUUUACGAAGUUUUUGAGUUAUGUCGAAGCAGAACUAAUAUGCUGUGGAUGUACAUGGGAAAUAUGCAAUUUUUUGUUGCUUAUUAUCUAUUCGAAUGGAGGGAUGGAUGGUCAUAAGUUUCUUGGUAGUUGGUCUCUGUGGAAAGCUGUGUGCGGAUCAAACGGUCGGAAGUUCAAGAAGCAGCAGUUUAUUGAUUCUAA